AGAGAAGAGAAGAAGAGAAGAAGAAGAAAUCUGAGAGAGAGAGCCUUUUGAAGGUAAUAGAUGGACAUGAAGAAGGAUGAUGAUGAUGGUCGACAGAGAACAGGGACUGUUUGGACUGCAACAACACAUGCCAUAACAGCGGUGGUAGGAUCGGGUGUGCUAGCAUUGCCAUGGAGUGUUGCUCAGAUGGGAUGGAUUUUUGGGCCACUGGCUCUUGUCAUUUUUGCAGUCAUUACCUAUUACACUGCUCUUCUUCUUUCCGAUUGCUACCGAUCUCCGGACCCAGUGACCGGUCGGAGGAACUACACAUACGUGGGUGUUGUAAAAGCAUGUUUAGAGAAGAAAGAUGUGGUUAUAUGUGGUAUAUGCCAAUACAUGAUGCUUUGGGGAACUAUAGUUGGAUACGUUAUUGUAGCUGCAACAAGCAUGAUGGCUUUCAAAAGAUCAAAUUGUUUCCAUUACAAGGGUCAUGAUGCAAGCUGUGGAACAUCAGGGAAUACAUAUAUGUUAAUUUUUGGUGGAAUCGAAAUUAUAUUGUCUCAAUUCCCAAACUUGGAGAAAGUAACAUUGCUUUCUAUGAUGGCAGCUGCAAUGUCCUUCACUUACUCAUUCAUUGCUUUGUACUUGUGCAUCCAAAGUUUUGCUUCUCAUCACAAGUUUAGAGGGACCUUAACUGGUGUUAAAGCAGGGGUGAAUGGUAUCUCUCAAUCCACAAAAGUUUGGCAUUCCUUCCAAGCUCUUGGAAAUAUUGCCUUUGCCUAUACUUAUGCCAUGCUUUUGGUUGAAAUCCAGGACACCCUAAAAUCUCCACCGGCAGAGAACAAAACGAUGAAGAAAGCAAGUCUGUAUGGUCUGGGAGUGACAACGUUAUUCUAUGUAUCACUUGGUUGCAUGGGAUAUGUGGCCUUCGGAAACAAUGCUCCUGGAAAUAUUCUCACCGGAUUCUAUGAACCCUUCUGGCUAGUCGACAUUGCAAACCUUGCUGUUCUUAUUCAUUUAAUUGGAGCUUUUCAGGUGUAUGCACAACCUAUUUUUACAUCCUAUGAGAAAUGGCUAGCUUCAAAAUGGCCUUCAACAAUUUUCUUUAACAAAGUUUACACAGUAAGGUUGCCCUUCACUGAAGCCUCCUUUCGAUUCACAAUCUGCAAGCUUGUCCUCAGAACUUUAUUCUGCAUCAUUACAACAGCAGUUGCUAUGGCAAUACCAUUCUUUAAUGCAAUUCUGGGUUUGUUAGGCUCAAUUGCCUUUUGGCCAUUAACAGUUUAUUUCCCUGUGACCAUGUACAUAUCACAAGCAAAGAUCAAGAGAGGAAGCAACAAAUGGCUUGCUUUGCAAAGCUUGAGCUUGAUUGCUUUCCUUGUUUCACUUGUAUCUGCAAUAGGUUCUGUUGCUGAUAUAGUUGAACGACUCAAGCAUGCUAAGUUCUUUAGUGUCACAUUCUAGGUUCCCUCUUUCAGUCCUGGAAUUAACUUUGGGAAGUUGAUGAAGGGUAAUAAGAUUAUUUGUAUUGUAAUAUUGUAGGUCAGAUUUAAUACUGAGUUCAUUGAUUUUAAGUUUGUUGAAUGCUCAUAUUGUUAUAUUUGGAUCCAAAAUUUUUAAUUCAAGAACUUUUUGAUAA